AUGGCGAAAAUGGUUGCCGAAUCAGGUCUGACGAAGGACCAAAUACGGCAUCGAAGGGAUAAACCCAUCUAUAAGCAAUACCUCGAUGCCGCUAGGAAGAAACAGCAACCAAUCCCUUCUCCCAGUGUGCCCUGUGAGCCGCCCACCUGCCCAACGAACGAGAAGAUCGACCAUCAGGCAGCGACAUCGACGCCACCAACAGCUCGCGACGAUGUAAAAGAGGGUGAGUGCUCCUCCGCGGUUGCGUCCGCACUAUCGCCAAUCACUCCAGAUCCGAUGACAAGCAGGAAGAGGAUUCGGAAUGAAUCGAUGUCGCCUCUGUCGCAGCCUACAGUAAGGAGACCCCGCACCGAUGCAGUCAACCUCACCGCCAACUCCCCCGCACAGGUCGAACAAACCCAGGUGGUCAUUGAACCAGCGCUGCGCGAAUACCUCGCGUCUGAACGCGAAGCAGCGCUGGCCAAUGGGAACGGCCAUCUGGCGGACCUGUGCCAGGCAGGAUCAUCGCUUGCGGUUAAUGAUCUUGCCUCCUAUCUAGACAAUUGGAUAAUAGAAGAUUUCCAAAAAGGGGGAAGGAAAUACAACCCAAAUGGUCACAGAGGUGGACCAAAAUCAAAUUACGGAGGUACUAGACCAGGAAGAGGUCCACGGGUAGAAUCAUACAAAAAGGCCCAGGAUCUCUACCUCCGUAACAGAUCAGCUCUAGUGGAUAAAAUCAUUUCAGGAACUCCACUAGACUCUACUGAAGAGGUACCACCUCUAAAAGCGGUUGAGGAGCUGUAUAGCGGGAUCUUCGAGCGGGCUGCGACGGAGACGAUGACGGUUCAUCCCGAACCACGAAACACCGAUGCCACCACUUUCGCUCCAUUCGAAGAAAGCGAACUAGAGGCAGCCAAAACAGCAUGGGCUAACUCAGCACCUGGUGCUGACGGAUAA